AUGGUACCACAUUUCGCUUUCAUGUUGCUGUCGAUUACACGAGGAAGAAAAGUGCCUCAAGCUCCAUUUUUCAAUGUUGAAAAUAACAUCACAACAGCACCAUUAAGUAUAAAACGAGAGAGAAGAAGAAAAUUGUCCGAAAGCAAACAACGAGACGAUCAUGAAGAAACUUACACAACACUGCACUGUUCAGUUUCUGGUUGUAAACUGGGAGGAAGAUUGAAGGAAAAGAAAAAACAAGCUUCAGACAAUGAAGAAUAA